GUCGCUCGCGUGAACCCAGCCGUCUACACCGCAGUAACGUCGACGCCGUCUGCAGUGAGCAGUGCUAGCGCCGUCCGCGAGAAGAUGGAGGCAUUCGCGCCCGAAAUAGUCCGACUCACGAGUCAGCAAUGAGCAGUUUGGAGUGCCCGGAGCCCGCCAGCAGCCGCAGUCUGAUCCAGCCGUCGUCCGCGAAAUGGUGGUGAAGUGCGCCGAGGACCGCGAGUGAGCGACCACCGCACGAAAGCAUUCCGCCGCACAGUAUGGCCUCGGUCGCCGCUUGGCUGCCAUUUGCCCGGGCGGCGGCCAUCGGCUGGGUGCCCAUCGCCACGCACCCGCUCCCGCCGCCGCCGAUCCCCAAGGAUCGGCGCAAAGCCGACGACGAGAAGCUCCUCAUCAACGUCUCGGGACGGCGCUUCGAAACGUGGCGGAACACCCUCGAGAAGUACCCCGACACGCUGCUCGGCUCCAACGAGCGCGAGUUCUUCUACGACGAGGAGUGCAAAGAGUACUUUUUUGACCGAGAUCCGGACAUCUUUCGGCACAUCCUCAACUACUACCGCACUGGCAAGCUGCACUAUCCCAAGCACGAGUGCCUCACCAGCUACGAUGAAGAGCUGGCUUUCUUCGGGAUCUUGCCGGACGUUAUCGGGGACUGCUGCUACGAGGACUACAGAGACCGCAAACGUGAGAACGCCGAAAGACUCAUGGACGAUAAACUUUCCGAAAACGGUGACCAAAAUCUGCAGCAACUGACCAACAUACGACAGAAAAUGUGGCGCGCCUUCGAAAAUCCACACACUUCAACGGCGGCCCUAGUCUUCUAUUACGUUACAGGCUUCUUCAUUGCUGUUUCUGUGAUGGCAAAUGUAGUAGAGACGGUUCCUUGCGGAAGCCGCCCGGGGGGAGCUGGCUCCUUACCGUGCGGCGAAAGAUACAAAAUUGUAUUCUUCUGCUUAGACACCGCUUGUGUUAUGAUUUUCACAGCUGAAUAUUUAUUACGGAUGUUUGCAGCCCCGAACCGAUACAAAUUUGUUCGCUCCGUGAUGAGCAUUAUCGAUGUCGUGGCCAUUCUACCUUAUUACAUCGGCCUGGGCAUCACCGACAACGAUGAUGUUUCCGGUGCUUUUGUUACCCUGCGAGUCUUCCGCGUUUUCAGAAUUUUCAAAUUCUCACGUCACUCCCAAGGUCUCCGCAUCUUGGGUUACACUCUCAAAUCGUGCGCUUCCGAACUUGGUUUUCUCGUAUUUUCACUAGCCAUGGCUAUUAUCAUCUUCGCUACCGUAAUGUUCUACGCCGAAAAGAACGUCGGCAAAACAAAUUUCACUUCCAUCCCUGCUGCCUUCUGGUACACCAUCGUCACGAUGACUACGCUAGGAUACGGCGACAUGGUUCCGGCCACUAUCGCAGGAAAAAUCGUUGGCGGCGUCUGCUCCCUGAGUGGUGUCCUUGUGAUCGCACUACCCGUACCUGUUAUCGUUUCCAACUUCAGCAGGAUCUACCACCAGAACCAAAGGGCCGACAAGCGCAAAGCUCAAAGAAAGGCUCGCUUGGCGCGCAUCCGCAUCGCCAAAGCGUCGUCGGGGGCGGCGUUCGUCAGCAAGAAGAAGGCGGCGGAGGCCCGCCUGGCCGCCCAAGAGUCGGGCAUCGAGCUCGACGACAACUACCGCGAGGAAGACAUUUUCGAGCUGCAGCACCACCACUUGCUGCGGUGUCUGGAGAAGACCACCGACCGCGAGUUCGUGGAGCUGGAGGUGCCGUACAACGGCCACCCCAAGCGGCCCGGCUCGCCGUCGCCCAUGGCCAGCCCUGCCCACUCGGCCGUCUCCAUCGGCCUGAUCCAGUCCUGCUGCGGCCGCUGCUGCCCCCGCAGGUACCAGCAGGCCUGCGGGAAGUACAUGCCGGCGGCCUCGGCGGCGCAGUCGAACCAAACUGGCGGCGGUAUGGACGGCACCUAUCUCGUGGAGGCGUCAUUUUAGACACGACGGCCGGAACAUAUCAAUCUACCGCCUUGUGGUUACGUCUCGGUCGCGAUUCCGUUUUCUUCGUUUUCCAAACAUCGAUUCUAUUGUGUUGACAUGUGUAGUGUAAAUUGUGAUAUAGAUGAUAAAUAAACUGACAAUUGAUCUAUGUACGUACUUACACAAUAAACCGACUCAUUCUACACUCGUUUCAUAGACUCUAUGGUGUAUUGUAAGGUAUAGGGGUUGUUCUUCAGUUUUGCGAUUGAACGGACUCGCAUUUAUUUACACAUUUUUCGUUUUACUAAUACAUUCCUUUGACGGUUUUUCAUUUGGAGCAAUAGGAGCUCCUAACGCGAGUCUAGCCGCCAUCUUGAAACUGGAGCUAACACUGUAACUACAUAAUUAUAGUAAUUGCAUAAAUCGUUUUACAGUCUUACUAAUUAGGGAAAACACGUUACGUGUUAACUUAAAUAAUUAGUUUAACUAUAUAAAAAGAAGAGAGAUAGUAGCCAUAUUGUAAAAUUUCAAGCUACCUAUAUAUCUAGAGUUUAACGAAUUUGUCUUUCACAUUGUUUUGCCUCCACCAUUCUUCUAAAAGUGAUCGUUUUGUUUCGAUUAUAUAGUUUAAACAAAUAAAUUUUCCACAAUCUAAA